AUGCAGCCAACAAGCAAUGAGGUGCCCAAUGAAUGGACACCUGAAGUUGGGGGUGAAAAUGUUGAGUCCGUGGUACGUUCUUCAAUGGAUAGCGGCGUGCUUACCAAACCCCCGCCCCAUCCUAGAUCAAAGAAGAAGAAGGUGAUUCAACUAAUGUGGGUGCAACUCUGGGAGCAACUCCUACAAAUUCAGCUCCAAGCACUGUGGAAACUGGUGAAGAGGAUGGUAAGGAUGAUCCCAAUGAAGGUAACAGAAAAUCAUCUAGACCUAGAUCUUGGACUUGGAGAACACUUUACAAAGGAUCCUAAGUCCAAGCCAUCACAUCCUAGGGCUAAAUGUAAUUCGUGUGGUGCAUCAUAUGCAUGUGACUCUCAUAGAAAUGGAAGGAUUACUAUUGCUAAGGAUUGUUGGAAUCUUUAUAUUAGUGAGAAGAAUAGGUUGAAAACUGUGUUCAAACAACCAAAUCAAUCUGUUUGUUUAACUACUGAUUGUUGGACUUCUGUACAAAAUCUGAAUUAUAUGUGUCUCACUGCUCAUUACAUUGAUCAUGAUUGGAAAUUGCAAAAGAGGGUUAUCAAUUUUUGUCUUGUUAAAAACCACAAGGGAGAAACAAUUGGUAGAAAAAUUGAGAUAUGUCUUUUGGGGUGGGGGAUAUCUAGAGUGUUCACAAUUACUGUUGAUAAUGCUAGUUCUAAUGAUACUGCAAUAUCUUAUCUAAGAACUAGAAUGGAGGAUUGGAAUUUACAUCCUUUGAAAAGAGAGCAUUUGCAUGUUAGGUGUUGCGCACAUAUUCUUAAUCUUGUUGUUAAUGAUGGAUUGAAAGAGAUGCAUGAAUCUAUUAGCAAGAUAAGAAAUGCUAUUAGAUAUGUGCGUGCUUCCCCUAGUCACAUGAAUAGGUUCAAAAUUUUCAUUAAAGAAGCUAGGAUACAAGACAAGUGUACUGUUCAACUCGAUGUUCCCACUAGAUGGAACUCUACAUACACCAUGGUUGAAAGUGGUUUGAAGUUUCAAAAAGCGUUCAAGAGGCUAGGGGAGAGAGAUAUAGAAUAUGCUCUAAUGCAAGGUGGUAUUCUGAGGAAUAGUGUGUCUGGUAGUUUGCUUGUGACUUCUUCUCAAUAUUUUCAUGAGUUUUGUAAGAUCUUGCGAGUGUUUAAGGCUUCUUGUGGUAGUCGAGAUCCAUUACUUGGGAGUAUAGCUGAGAGGAUGAAGCUUAAGUAUGACAAGUAUUGGGGUAACAUAAAAAAUAUCAAUAUGAUGAUUUUUGUUGCUAUGGUUCUUGAUCCUAGAUACAAAUUAAAGUUUGUGAACUUUAGCUUUGAAAAGCUAUAUGAUGAUAAAGAUGAUGCUGAUUUUUUGGAUACAAAAGUGAAAGAGACCUUCUCCAAAAUGUUUGAAUGCUAUGUGAAUGCAAAUAAUGGGGGUAGAUCUUCUACUUCAAUAACAAUGGAUGGUGCAUCAGAUGUGGGAGUACCUGAUGGUGACAUGGCUGGUGAUUUUUUCAAGGAAGUGCAUUUUCAUGAGAUCAUCAACAAGAAUGAGGUGGAUUUGUAUUUGAUGGAUGGCUUAGAGAAGCCUCGUGAUUAA